CCUGCCUCUCCUGUCAAAUUACAUAACCACAAAAACCUUCGUCCUUGCAGUCGAUUUUUUGCUUUAAACCCGAAAUUGCGUAAUAAUGGCUGCGAAAAGAAUCGCCCAAAGUUCAAUCAAUUGGGCCCAAAUGGCCGAAAGGGUGCCCCCACACCAGAAAGGCCUUUUCCAGCAGUUCAAGUCAAAAUCCGACCAAUACUUACGCAGGGUUAUGGAGAACCCAGAGAAGGCCCCCGAGAUCAACUGGGGUUUCUACAAGUCCCGAGUCCCCGUGGCUGGGAUGGUGGAUGAGUUCCAGAAGCAGUACUCCGCAUUGAAGAUUCCCUACCCCCCUGAUACCGUCAGCUCGCAAAUCGACGCCCAAGAACAGGAGGUGAAGACCGAAAUCGAGAAGUUCAAACGUGAGUCUGGUGCUAGGAUUUCUGAGUAUGAGAAACAAUUAGCUCAUUUGACAUCUUUGAUUCCGUUUGAUCAAAUGACUAUGGAAGACUUCAGGGAUGCCUACCCUGAACAAGCCCUAGAUCCCAUCAACAGACCCACUUUCUGGCCCCAUAGACCUGAAGACCAGCCUGGGCCCAAUGAUGUACCUUCUGGUCAUCAUUAAAUGGGCUAUUAGUUUACCAAAUGUAAACAAUAUUAGAAUUCAUGCUGAUAUGAUACAUGUAACACGUUAUUAGAGAAAACAGCUGUAUGCUUCUUACAAAAUCCUGUGUAUUUGUUUUCUUUUUGAAUUAAAUCAUAAUAGAUAUAAAUA